GGAGGCUCUCUCAGUGGUGAGUGAAGAUCAAUCCCUCUUUGAUUCUACCUACGGAGCUGGUGCUCACCUUUCCAAGGCAGACAUGACAGCCUCAGGGAACCCGGAUUAUGGUCAACCACACAAGAUCAACCCUUUACCUCCCCAGCAAGAGUGGAUCAAUCAGCCAGUCCGUGUUAAUGUUAAGAGGGAAUACGAUCAUGUGAAUGGAUCCAGGGAAUCUCCAGUGGAUUGCAGUGUUAGCAAAUGCAACAAACUGGUUGGUGCUGGUCCAGAAUCCAACCCUUUGAAUUAUGGCACCUACAUAGAUGAGAAGAACGGACCUCCCCCUCCCAACAUGACCACCAAUGAAAGAAGAGUCAUUGUUCCAGCAGAUCCGACAUUAUGGAGUCAGGAUCAUGUGCGUCAGUGGCUGGACUGGGCUAUUAAAGAAUAUGGCUUAAUGGAGAUUGAUACCAACCUCUUCCAGAACAUGGACGGCAAAGAACUGUGCAAGAUGAACAAGGAAGAUUUCCUCCGCGUCACUUCCCUCUACAACACAGAAGUCCUGCUGUCUCACCUCAGUUACCUCAGGGAAAGUAGCUCCUUGCUGUCUUACAACACACCUGCCCACACAGAUCCACCACCUCGUGUCAAUACCAAAGAAGAGAACUCCUAUGAUGCUGUUCGAAGAUCAGGAUGGGGUAACAAUCUGAAUUCCAGCCACAAUAAAAGUCCUCCUCUAGGAGGGACACAAAAUGUAAGCAAAAAUGGAGAACAACAAAGACCCCAACCAGAUCCGUAUCAGAUCUUAGGGCCCACCAGUAGCCGCUUAGCCAACCCAGGGAGUGGACAGAUCCAACUGUGGCAAUUCCUCCUUGAGUUGCUGUCGGACAGCUCCAACGCCAGCUGCAUUACGUGGGAAGGAACCAAUGGGGAGUUCAAGAUGACCGACCCCGAUGAGGUGGCCAGGCGCUGGGGGGAACGCAAAAGCAAGCCCAACAUGAAUUACGACAAGUUGAGCCGAGCCCUCCGAUAUUACUACGACAAGAACAUUAUGACCAAAGUGCACGGCAAGAGAUACGCUUACAAAUUUGACUUUCACGGCAUUGCGCAAGCCCUCCAGCCUCACCCGACCGAAUCCUCAAUGUACAAAUACCCUUCGGAUCUCUCCUACAUGCCUUCCUACCACGGCCACCAGCAGAAAAUGAACUUCGUCCCUCCACAUCCAUCCUCUAUGCCCGUCACUUCCUCUAGUUUCUUUGGGGCGGCUUCCCCUUACUGGACUUCUCCUACUGGAAGUAUUUAUCCGAAUCCCAACGUCCCCCGCCAUGCUAAUUCUCACAUGCCCUCACACCUAGGCAGCUACUACUAGGUGUUUUUCACUUUUGCUGGCGUUUCUUGUUUCGAUUGGAUGUUUUUUUUAUAUCUAUACCUUUGGGGAGAAAGCUUUAAAAAAAAAACCUGGAUAUUAAUAUUGUUAUUUUCUAUUGUAAUUUUUAUUGGAAUAAACCUUUUUUUAUUUUUCUAACUCUGCUUCCUCUGUCUCAGAGGAACAGCUGAGUUCUCCAGUGGGCCAGUAUCCUGCCUUUCCUUUUUGGGGUUCAAAGCUUUUCUCGUUUAUAGGACCUGCUUUAAGAGUUUCUGCAGUGAGUUAUCACCCGAGAACUUGUAGACCGAGUAUUGUCAAGCCAAAAAGCUUUUUUCGAAAAAAAUGACUUUUAGAACAUGAAUGUUUCUUCCAAAACUAAUGGGAAAUCAUGGUGGGUUUUUUUUCCUUUCCUCCCUGUUUUGAAAUGUGCUGAAGAAAAUUCGCAAAUUUUGAAGACCCGGUUUGCAGAUAAUCAACUGGAAUUUUAGUUUUUAAGGCCAAUGAAGGCUUGGAUUGUUGUUGUUGUUGUUUUUU